AGCAGCGCGCGCAGUUAUAUACUCCUGCCCCCGGCUGAGGCGCCGGUUCCGCGCUGGAAGUCUCUGCGGGAGUCGCUGUUGGUGAGGCUGUCGCCCGAGGUUUUCGCGCUCCUCCCUUUCCUCCUCCUCUUUCUCCUCCUCCUUAUCCGAACCCCAGUCAGGCCGAUCUGCUCUGCUCUCGGUGACCUUGCAACUUCAUGGAUGACAACAAACCUUUUCAACCAAAAAACAUUUCAAAAAUGACAGAACUCUUUAUGGAAUGUGAAGAAGAAGAGCUAGAGCCAUGGCAGAAGAAAGUAGAAGAAACUCAGGAUGAGGAUGACGAUGAACUGAUCUUUGUUGGAGAGAUAUCAAGUUCAAAACCAGCCAUAUCAAAUAUUUUGAACAGAGGCCACUCCAGCUCAUCUUCAAAAGGAAUAAAGAGUGAGCCACACAGUCCAGGUAUUCCUGAAAUAUUCAGGACUGCAAGUCAACGCUACAGAGACCCACCAUCAAAUCCAGUGGCUGCCUUGCCUAGAUUUCAUCCUGUAUCUAAACCUUCACAAAGCUCUGUUACUGUUGAGAAUGUGUCUAAACCUGAUUUUACAAAGAAUUCACAAGUUGGAUCAGAUAAUUCUUCAGUUUUACUGUUUGACUCGACCCAGGAAUCACUACCACCAUCCCAAGACAUACCAGCAAUUUUUAGAGAAGGUAUGAAAAAUACUUCAUAUGUAUUAAAACGUCCUUCUACUUCUAAAGUAAACAGUGUUACUCCAAAAAAACCAAAGACCAGUGAAAAUGUUCCUCAAAUAAAUCCCUCCACUUCAUUGCCUUUAAUUGGUUCUCCUCCAGUGACAUCCUCCCAAGUUAUGCUAUCAAAAGGUACAAAUACCUCAUCUCCAUAUGAUGCUGGAGCACAUUACCUAAGAGCUUGUCCUAAGUGCAAUGUUCAGUUCAAUCUUUUGGAUCCUUUGAAAUACCACAUGAAGCAUUGUUGUCCAGACAUGAUAACUAAAUUUUUGGGAGUAAUUGUUAAAUCAGAACAUCCAUGUGCUGAAGACAAAAAUAAGACUGAUUCAGAGACGGGAAAGUUGAUCAUGUUAGUCAAUGAGUUUUAUUAUGGAAGGCAUGAAGGAGUCACUGAGAAAGAGCCAAAGACUUACACAACCUUUAAAUGCUUCAGUUGCUCGAAAGUUCUUAAAAAUAAUAUUAGGUUUAUGAACCACAUGAAACAUCACUUGGAACUUGAGAAGCAGAACAACGAAAGCUGGGAAAACCACACCACCUGCCAGCACUGUUACCGGCAGUAUCCCACACCCUUCCAACUGCAGUGCCACAUUGAGAGUACACACACUCCCCAUGAGUUUUCUACUAUUUGCAAAAUCUGUGAAUUAUCAUUUGAAACAGAGCAUAUUCUUUUACAACAUAUGAAGGACACCCAUAAACCUGGUGAAAUGCCAUAUGUUUGCCAGGUUUGCCAGUUUAGAUCAUCAACAUUUUCUGAUGUAGAAGCUCAUUUUAGAGCAGCCCAUGAAAACACUAAGAACUUGCUAUGUCCAUUUUGCCUCAAAGUUAGUAAAAUGGCAACCCCCUACAUGAAUCAUUACAUGAAGCAUCAGAAAAAAGGGGUUCAUCGUUGCCCAAAAUGCAGACUACAAUUUUUGACCAGCAAGGAGAAAGCUGAACAUAAGGCACAGCAUCGUACAUUUAUAAAGCCUAAAGAACUAGAAGGAUUGCCUCCUGGAACAAAAGUUACUAUUCGAGCUUCACUUGGACCUCUCCAAUCAAAAUUACCAACUGCACCUUCCGGUUGUACUCCAGGCACUUCUUUUCUUCAGGUCACACCUCCGACAUCUCAAAAUACAACUGCUAAAAAUCCUAGAAAAUCUAAUGCCGGUAGAUCUAAGACAAGAAAGCCUCAUGCACCUACAUCCACUGCAAGUAAAGCUCAUACAAGUAAGCCAAGAGGACGUAUAGCUAAGUCCAAAGCAAAACCCUCUUACAAGCAAAAGCGACCGCGCAACAGAAAAAAUAAAAUGAGCCUUGCUUUGAAGAACUUAAGGACAGCAUUUUAUUAUUUAGAUCGUGAUCUUUUAUUCAAAACUAAGAAAUUAGGCAUUGGCUUGAAAUGUGGUCAUAAAAUUAAUAUGGCGUUGUAUAAUAAAAUUAAUAAAAUCUUGUUUGUCUCGUGUUUCUCAAGCUCUCAUAGCAACCAUCCAGGUAAACGGUUUUGUAUUUUCAAGAAGCAUUCAGGAACUCUCAGGGGCAUUACUCUAGUGUGCCUUAAAUGUGAUUUCCUAGCUGAUUCUUCUGGCUUAGAUCGCAUGGCUAAACACUUAAGUCAACGUAAAACUCAUACUUGCCAAGUUAUAAUAGAGAAUGUUUCCGAAAGUACCUCAACUUCUGAACCCAUUUCUGGCUGCUCAUUGAAAUAGAUUCCUGCUCCAUGGAGUUCGUGCAACCUGGUGCAAGACAAGUUGGAAGUUCCUAAGUUCAAAGUUCUGAAGUGUUUUCUCACACAAAAGGCAGUUAAACAGCCAAGUUCAUGACACUAGCUCUCAUUCAGCUCUUUUCAGCUUUCAGAUGCCACUAGAUUCUCACUCCACCUUAUCUUUGUGUCAGGUUAACAUACCUUAACACAUUUUUUUCUCCAAUUGGCUCUCUCCAAAAAUACCUUUUGUUUUUCUCUGCUGUACUUGACUUGCCUUCAUAAUACUACAUUCCAGAUAAUAUGACUGUUCAUCUUUUUCUGUCUGUUUUGUCUGCUUUCUUAAUUUCUUAUAAGUCUUACAUGUUUAGGUCAGAUAGCCAUUUUUUCUUCAUUCCUUGUUCAUUACUGUUCUGUUUUUCAUAUUUUUCAAAU